AUGUCGGAAGUUCCACACACCAGUCAAAUCACAGUUCCAGUGACGUCCCUAUGGGAGAACAGGAAAUGUCUUCUCAUAGCAUGCGUCGUGGCCAUGGCCAACACUCAGUACGGAUUCGAUAGUGCCGCUGUGGGCGCGCUCCAAGCCAUGCCUGGCUUUUUGAAAGUAUUCGGGUACCCGGACCCAACUAGCCCACUAGGCUAUGGAAUCGACAGUACUGUACAGCAACUGAUCACCUCGCUGUUGACUCUUGGUGCCUUUAUUUCGUCCAUCUGUGCCGGUCUGUUCGGCGCAUUUUACAGUCGGAAAACUGCUUUGUGGUUGGCAUGCGCUUUCAACUGUGUUGGACUGGCGAUUCAAAUCGCCACAACGAACAAAGGCGUUGUAUAUCUAGGACGUCUUGUUCUGGGAUUUUCCAACGGCUUUCUCGUUACAUUCUCCAACAUAUACACGUCGGAAAUUGCCCCAGCUCACCUUCGAGGAGUUAUGGUGGCAUUGUUCGCAUACUGGGUCAAUAUUGGCGCCAUCCUGGGAACCAUCGUCGACAAUUAUACCAAGGAUCGUCUGGACAAAGGGUCUUAUCAGAUUCCCAUUGGCUGCCUUUACAUUGUCCCUGUGCUUCUUGGAACUGGAUUGUUCUUUGUGCCCCGAUCUUUACCUCCAGAAUAUUUUGAACUCGAAUGGGCAGAAAUGAUCCGAGGUGUUGAAGAAGAGAGACGGACUGCGAAAUCCGUCGGAAUUCUGGACAUGUUCCGUGGCGCGGAUUUGAGACGUACGCUACUCUGCUGGGGCACCAUCAUGACACAAGCAGGCAGUGGCUCAUGGUUUCCGAUUGCCUACCAGACAUAUUUCUUUCUGAUCGCCGGAAUAAAGCAGGCCUUUCAGUACUCAAUAAUGAUAACCUGUAUUGGUUUCGCCGGAGUCAAUUUCGGCAUGUACGCCAUGCGACACUUGGUUGGACGACGAUUCAUCCUCAUUUUCGGCUCAAUCGUGACGAGCCUGUGUUUUCUAUGCAUGGCAAUAGCACAGAGUGUAUCGCCAUUCUCCAUGUCAACCGGUAAAGCCACCGUCGCCUUCGUCACCAUCUGGGGAUUCUUUUACAACGGUUGUGUUGGCGCGGCCACGUACCCGGUAGGCACAGAGUUGGUUAGCUCCCGUCUUCGAGCAUGGACAAUAGGAUCUGCCACCUCUCUCCAAUACGUCUUCACCUGGCUCACCAGCUUUUGCACCCCAUAUUUCAUCAAUCCGCAAGACCUAAAUUGGGGUCCAAAGUAUGGAUACAUCUGGUUCGGCAGCAACAUUGUCUGCGCCAUCUUCUUCUUCUUCUGCAUUCCAGAGAUGAAAGGAAGGUCGCUGGAAGAGCUGGACGAGCUGUUCGAAAAGCGUGUUGGAGUCUUCGAAUUUAUCACAUAUCGGACCGAGAUCCAGGAGAAGGCGUUGCAUGAUGUGCAAGCCAAUACUGGAGCAUUUCUAGACAAAGGAGGUGCCGAGGCUCACGUCGAGAAGCCCCAGGAGAGGACAGCAUAUAGUCAGAGUCUGCAUGGGGAUAUCCGUAGACAUUUGAUGAGAGAUUAG